CAAAGCAGUUAGAUUAUCUGAUUUGACCCUCACAAUACCUAAGUUAGGAAGGUAAACCUGAAUUAUCACUCCAUCUGAUAAAUGGACAAAUUAAAGCUUCGGGUCAGCCAGCCGCAGAGCAGGAGGUGGCGUUUCCUCGUGGCCGGGCUCCUCCUCCCCCCUGGUGCUGAGGUCAGUGGGUGCUGGCUCUCCACAGGCCGGGAAGGUGGAAGUAAGCCCCUGGCUGCCGGGCAGGAGGAGGAGGAGGGGGAACCUCGGCGGAGUUCAGGCCCCAACACCCAGGAUGCCCCGUGUGAGGAAGUGCCCCUCGCCCGCACCGUCUCGGGGGAGAAGAAGCUGUCGCAGGCGCCGGCAGAGCCAAUGGGGGCUGCUGCCGGGAGGGCGUGCCAGCCCCUGGACUCAUGGGCUCCCCCCAGAGACAAAACUCUGUCCGCGCCCGGACCCCAGGCUCAGCCGGAAGGCUGCUCCGUCCCGGUGAGAGAGGAGACGCAGGGCAAGAGGUCCCACUCUGCAGCCCCCAGUAAGCAGAAAAAUCCCAACGCCGUGGGUCUGGUGCCCACGUCACCUCCUGGUGCUACUGCCUCAGCCCGAGCCGUGCACAACCCAGUGCCCUGUGGGUCGGGCCGGGGGCCCUGCCAUCUGGCCAACCUCCUGAGCACACUGGCCCACAAGGGCCAAAACACAGACCAGAAGAAGAGGCCCCCGGAAGUGACCUGUCAGGUUCGGAAGAAAACCCGAACCCUGUACCGCUCAGGUAAGUCCCUGAAGGUGAGAGGAACCCUAAGAGCUCUGGCGUCAUCUCUGGGAGAGGCAGGCUCCGCACAGCCGACCCAGAAGACGGGAGUGGGGGGCGUUCGUACAUCACCUCGUCCUGGAUCCUUGACCUGUGGCAGGGCCAUGACCUCUGACCCUCAGAAGGCUGCGUUGCCUCAUGGGAGAGUGAACUUGGGCCCAGGUCAGAAAGGGCAGGAAAGUACGACCACACAGCGCCCCGCCGCAAAGCUCAGCCCCGUGGGGAAGGUCACUGGAGCGCUCCGGAGGGCCCUGGGGCGGGGGCAGCGGGCCGCCUGGAGGGCGCCUGCCUUCUCCUCUGCGGCCCGUCACUGGGGUUUGUCCCCACGUGAGUUUCUUCUUCCAGACCAGCUGGAGGAGCUGGAGAGACUCUUCCAAGAAGACCACUACCCGGACAGCGAUAAGCGCCGGGAGAUUGCCCAGACGGUGGGGGUCACUCCGCAGCGCAUCAUGGUGUGGUUCCAGAAUCGCAGGGCAAAGUGGCGAAAACUGGAGAAACUGAAUGAGAAAGAGAGCAAGGACGGUCCCACAAGCCCGGCCCCGGCCAGCAGUCAGUGUGGGAAAGGAAGUCUCCUCCCGCAUCAUCCCUGCAGCUCUGCAGCCGAGCAGCCCCCGACUGUGCCCAUGGACUCAGGGUCUGAAAUCUUCCCUUGUGAACCCCCUCUGGGUACUCUUGCAGAGCCCCCCUUGCUGCUGACAUCUGACCAGCCCCUAGCCCAACCCCAGCAGGGUGAGGGUGCUCAGAGGGUGACCGUGACUCCACCACUCUUCAGCCCCCCACCCGUUCGAAGAGCCAACCUUUCUUUUCCCCUUGGCCCUGUCCACACCCCACAACUGAUGCCCCUGCUCCUGGACACUCCUGGCAAUGACAGCAGCCACAAGGAUGGUCCCUGUGGGCCCUGGGGGCCAAGCAUCACGCCACCACCCACCUGCUCAUACUUGGAGGAGCUGGAACCCUCGGAUUACCAGCAGAGCAACCAGACGGGCCCAUUCCCACUAUCCCAGGGUGCACAGACGCAGCUUUGCCCACACCCUCAGCCCCAGGUUCCAUACCUGCAUCCUUUCCCCUUCCACGUGCCCGGGUCACUGACGCCUCCACUGCCAGAGGACUCCCUCUUCAUGCUGCCUUAUGGCCCCAGCGGGGGCCCAUCACAGGGCUACUUCCCAGGCCCCCCAUCUGGGCAGAUCCUGCUGCAGCCCCCUACCGGGAAUCUGGGUACGGUCCCUUGGAGUGAGCCCUGCCUGCCAGAACUGCCUUUCCUCAGCCCCUUCUGUCCCCAAGCACUGGGGCACCCCCCAGCGGCCGACGGCUACCUCCCCGACCUGCUUCCAGCUCCCUGUGCUCAGGCCGUGGGCAGGCAGCCUUCUCCAGGUCUCAGCCAGCCGCCCGACGGGGCCAGACCAGGAACCAGGCCGUCACUCAGCAAGGCCCAAGAGGAGCAACCCUCUGCGCCAGACGAGGUCUGAGAGGAAGACAAGAACAGCCGUGGGGCGGAGGAGGGGAAAGAGGCUGCUUGGCGAGGGACGGCAGAAAAAUGUUAGGAAAGACUAUGGACUCUGUUGACAGGGGCGGAAGCCGGGUGCUCCUCUGGGUGGGCUCAUCUUGCUGGGCACCGAUUUGAGAAGGACAAGGGCUUUCUCCACACCUCUGUAUGGUGUCCUGAAGAAGGCAGAUGACCUGCAUUACUUCUGGACAUUGUAUCGCUUUGUUGUUUCUGUGCAGACGAAUGGGUCAACGGGUCCAUUGUAAGCAGUAAACUAGUCUGUCCUUGAGUCUCUGCCAUGACGUGUCCCCCACCCCUGCUAGUUCAGAGCUCCGUUGCGUCCACUGCGCAGCACGCAGCCGCCCAGUUGGUGCAUGUAGUCCUGGGCAGCCCAGCUGAGGUCUCCCUGGCAUCCUCCCUGGGCCCAUCUCUCCUGCUGGAGGAGGACCUGGGCAUCUUGGUCUUGUCUUCAGUCCUGCCAUUAAAUCACGUUCUAUUCCCAAAUUCAGGACCAAACCUGAGCAAAUCUGGGCCCGUCCUCUCUUGAAUUCGGGCCCUGUAGGGUUAGGAUUGAAAGAGAAGCCCAAGGAUAUUCUAGAUCCAGUCUCUGGUAUUGUGAACUGAGAUCCAUUCUCCUCAAGCUCCUUUUUUGAGGGGAUGGCAUAGGAAUGAGGGGUGGGAGCACCCAGAAGAGGGUACCCUUAUAAGUAGCACCCAUAUCAGCUGGCCCUCCAGUGCCCAAAGAGCUAGGAUUUGAGGGUAUUCAUCCAAACUACUUCAUAGUGUAUUUGGGAAGUGUGGAGGUGCCAUUCUGGACCUCCAAAUGCUGUGAUUCUUGGAAAAUACAUUUUAUUUUCCAAAACGUGUAUUAAAAGCAAUCAUUAAUAUGUAUCCUUUAUCACAGUUCUAGGCUUAUGGCCCGUAAGAAUUGAAAAGGAAAACUAUUUGGAAAUGGGGAAGAAACUUCUCAGUUGUGCAAACACAUGUCCGUUGUCUGUGGGGUUCCAUAGACCGACGAUACUGAGCAGCUCUGCUCUGGGAUUCUAGGCAGCUUUUCCUAUUGCCACUCAAGGAUAGUAAUAGCCAGGCUUCAGCUGCCCCAAUUUGGGGAUUUGAAUGUACACAUUGAAAUAUUAAAUGUAUCGUGACAUUCAUAACUGGGUUUUUUUAAAGUAUUCAUUUCACUUAUCUUGUUUUCACAUUGUCUCCUGAGACCCAUGAUGUAAGAAGCAUCCUAAAAGCAGACAUGGGGGAAGAGAUGAGAGAUGGUAACUCUUCAGUUACUUCUUGCUGUUCCUUUCUUUCCAUCAGUUGCCACAACAUUCUGCUGCUUUCAAAGCCUUAUGGGAAGGCUGCACAUUUUCUCCUCCAGACCUUAACUGGUUCCGGCUCCAGCCACUCAGUCGCACACUGGUAUGGGACAAAUGUAACUGUAGACAUGUAAGGCAAGAAUUGAAGGCUGAUCUACUUUGAGAUCUGUGCUUUUAUGCAACACUUCGAUAAAAAAUGCUGGACCAUCUAGUAAUAUACUAAAAGUAAAAUGAGUUAACUGAGAAUUAAGGAUGAAUAAUAGACCAAACAAAAAGAAAAUGGUGAAAACCUCUUAGAAGCAUAGAAUACUUGAGGUGCAAAAACCUGACAAAGGCAGAACUCCCUCUAGACCACUGACGGCAGGAUCAGUCUUGAUUUUGCAGGCUGGAGUGGGCUGUAGAGCAGGGGGCAGCUAACUCCCUUACACAAGGGCCUAUCAGGUUUUUGAAAUUUUAAUUAUUACAAAGCCCUUCCAUUAGGAGGAAGUCAAUAUUGUUUAAUCUGAAUUUUGCUUUGUAUAUGCUACAAAGAAUAAAUCUGAGAACUAUAUGUCAUUCCUCGAAGACCUGCCCGUGUGGCUUGGUCUCCAAGCACUUAACCACACUCGAUGCCUCUUUUCAAAUGGUUAUGAAUUUAUGACUGUUCCUUUUAGGAAUGGUGCCAAAGCAGAAGCUUACUUUGAAUGUAGUUUGGUCAAACGUGAUGUAGAGUGUGACUGUCACCUCUAUCAUAUAGGCCACUCUCCUAUUAAUGCUGUCUGGACAGAGGAAUUGGCUUGCUUUUUUUUAUUUUUAUUUUUGCAGCCAGUUCCUAUUUCUUGGUCAGAAACAAACUUACCAUCAACUAUUACCCUAGCUCAUUUUAAUAGAAGCUGUUUUAAAACCAUUCUCUCUGUUCUUGUAUUUGGAGAAUUGACACUUUUUGAAUCCAAAUAUACAAAAACAUCACUUCUAUUGCUUGUUCAGUUUCAUUGGGUUAAUUCUGGCCACUAUUGAGCUUAUUAAGAUGCUCUGAAGUCUUCCAUAACACUCGCCAUUUUUUUUGAAAUGUUGGCUCUGCAAAUUUGAUCAGUAUGCUUUCUACAUUUUAUAAACAAGUCAUUGAUAACUAGUAAACAGGAUAUAAAUAAGUCCAGAAUAUUUUGACGUCUCUUCUUGAAAAUACUCCACAAAUGAGGACUUAUUUUGAGUGGAGAGUUAAACUAGCUACAACAUCCUCCUGAACUAUAUUAUCACCCAGAGCCGUCCUCUGUCAUCUCUAGGACUUUGGGAAAGGGUUUUUGGGAAAACAUUCACUGUCUGACUCACUAACAUCAAAACACACUCUCAUUAUAGCACUCUGACAAUUUAACAAUUCCUGUAAACCUAAGAACAUAAUAAAUGAAAUGAGUGUGACACGACUUACUCUUAGGGAACACCUGCACUCUUCCGUUAAUGAUUUUUUUAAUCUAAGUGCUCACAAACUUUCAAUAAUCUCUCCUAGAAAUGUAUGAGAAUUUUACAUUAAAUUUAUUCUCCUUUAGUUUCUACACAUCUCUUUGAAAAUUAGGAAAAUCGCCUCUGACCUACAGAUCCUCUCCUGUUGUGUUCUGGAAAAAAACAGAAUCAUUUAAAUCAGUUUUAAGACUCCUUUUUGGGUUUUAAGACCAUCUUAUUUUUUUGUC